AUGGCUAGUCCUCCCGUUCUAGCUUUCGAUGCCGAGGGCCGCCCAGUGAAGUUCGAAACCUGGCUAGAUGACCUGCACCUGUUCCUACAGCUCACUGCCAAGGAAGAUAUCUCACUGUACGACCAUGCCCUAGGCCAUGCCACUGCCCCUGACUCGUCUGCUGACAGCACUCUGCGUUCCCAGUGGCAGACCCGUGAUGCGCACGCUCGCUUUGCUAUUCGCAACUCCCUGCCGCUAGACGAGCGCGAGCACUUCGGCCAGUGCAAGACUGCUAAGGACCUCUACACCGCUGUAGUUGCCCGCUACUCCUCACCCGCUUCUGCCACGCUAGGCCGCCUCACUCUCCCCUACCUGUUCCCCGACCUAGCCUCCUUUCACACUGUCGCAGACCUCAUCACCCACCUUAAGACUAGUGAGGCCCGCUUUCGUGCUGCUAUGCCUGCCGAGUUUCUCACUAGCAACCCCCCCCCGCUCUGGAUCACUCUCUACCACAUCGUCACCCGCCUCCCUGACUCUCUGCGCGCAGUCAGGGAUCACUUCCUCUCUCGCUCCCCCACUGAGCUCACUGUUGCCCUCCUCGAGAAGGAACUGCUUGCAGCUGAGGCGAGCAUCGUCGCUGUAGGCACCUCUCGUGGCGACCCCCGCACCCCGUUCUUUGAGGGGUGUUCCCCUUCCCCCCUCCUCCCCUCUGUCGCCUCUGCUGCUGCUGUCGACCUUCUUGGUGCUGAGAAGGAGGUGGGGGUGGAGGCGGUGGGAGUGGAGGCGCGGCUGGGGAGACUAGUGGCGGCAGUGGGGGAGGAGACAGCAGCGGUGGGAGUGGUGGUGGAGGCGGCAGCGGAGGCGGAGGUGGUCGUGGCGGCGGCAGGGGUGGAGGUGGCCGGGGCGGCGGCGGUGGGGGUGGUGGUCGUGGAGGCACUGGCGGAGGGCAGAGUCAGCAGCCCACCCCGACGCUUCAGGCCGCCCGUGAGUGGUAUGCGCAGCGUAGCGUUACCUGCACGUACGUCAUUCGCACAGGUGACCGCAGCGGCCAGCAGUGUGGGAGGCCGCACCCCACGCAGCGCUGCUUCGCGCGCCUUAACGACGCGUGGCGCACUCAGUUUCCUGCUGCCACUGAGCUGCCGCGCUGGGCUGAUCUGGAAAAGAGGGGUGUUGAUAUUUGGGCUCUACCGUUAUUUCUGA